GUUUGUUUAUCAGUCACAUAAACGACAGCGAAGAAGAGCGGAUGGAGCCAGAGCUAAGCAGAAGCUGACUGGAAUAUACGCUGAAAGAUGUCGAACACAGAGCACAGGGACCUGACGAAGAUACGUCUGAAAGAAAUAUGUUUCGGUGCUGUCAGGAAGCAUUUUGCUGCUCUGGGCACCGAGGCUGUUCUCGGUCUUCCAACGCCUCUCAUGAAAGAUCUUCUUCCUCACCUGACCAUAUGUCAGCUCGAUGAACUCCAACCUGUGCUAAACCAGAAAGGGAUAUCCACUCACUCUGAAUGGGUUAGAGUCCUACGGGACAUGUAUGGACCGAACCAUGCCAUAGACUUGCAUUCAGAAGAAGAGGCCAAACAUGAAGUUAUGAGAAUACUUUUUCCACUUGUAUUCUAUGGCUUCACAAACUCCUAUGUCAAAAGAAACCUCAGACAUUUAAGCAGUCCAUCUUUCCUGUGGGCUGCAGCUAAAUGUAUCCAACACUUUUUACUUGUUACCAGCUUGCAUAAGCCCCUUCAAAGUUUAACUGCUGAGCAGUGGCCUCUUCUGAACCUUUUGGAGAAGCGUAUUAAGAGUGUUGGUGUGUCGCAACCUAUUGAUCUAUCAAAGAGGACGACACAAAGUGGGCUGUAUGUCCUCCAUCGCCUGCUUGACCAUGGGGUGGCUACAAAACUUGUUGUGCAUGUGCAGUGUCCCAUCGUCCUGGCCUGGCUCCUACAUAAACGGGGAUCUCAGUAUGUAAACCUGGAGCUGAAGAAACUAAUGCACUGCAGAAAGGCAAGCUGGAUUUCAGGAGCCCCUACUGUCAGAACAGAAGGGGCCAGUUGCAGUCCAGGUCUUCAGGCAAGGGAUGAUCAGGAUGACCAAGUUAUUCCUUGCAAAAGAUCAAAGAUGGACUCAGUAUCUGUACUGGAGGAUGAAUCUGGAAAGGAAAAUUCUAUUGUGGACCCACAAGUUCUCUGUCGAGCCUUUACGCCAUGUGAUGACCUCAGAGCAGAAGCGUGUCCGUGGGGACAGAUCACUUGUCUGAAGAUCACACAAUGUGGGCCUGACUGUCUGGAAGUCCUGUACUCUGCCCUACCCACGUUUUUCUGCCUUCACUCCCUAAGUCUUCACAGCACUUUGACCUUCAGGUACUCGGAUGUUUUGGACUUGGCCAGAGCCCUGAAGCAGCUGUCUGACAGCUCUUGCAGCUCCCUCACUGAUCUGUGUGUCAGCAUCCUGCCAAACACCAACCUCCUGGAGAUCCUGCUGGAUGCAAGCCCCACAGUGACAUCCCUAGACGUGGAGAUCCACACUGUGAUGUUCGAGCCAUACUUCUUACCACUUCAUCCCAGGACCGCUGAGUCAGACAUGCCAGCAGUACUGCUCCUUGAGAAGCUGAAGGUCAAAGUAGCUGAGGUCCAAACAGAUCUGCAUUUCAUGACGUCUGUGCUGAGGCGCUCUCCACGUCUCACCUCACUUCACGUAGCUGGGAUGAGAUUACCCACCGGCUCCUCUCAAAGCCAACUCCUCACCACCCUCUCUGUGUCUAAUCCCUGUUUGAAGACUCUCAACUUGGAGGACAUGAAGCUGUGUGAUUGUCUCCCUGAUGUUCUGAAUCUACUGGGAGAGUGCAAAUUAGAAGAGCUGCAUUUGAAUGACUGCCGCCUUCUUGAGAAGUGUACUGACAAAGAAGAGACGCUGCAGCAGCUGGUGGGUGCUCUGAAGACAGUGGCUUCUCUCCACACACUAAGCCUGGCUCAGAAUCGACUGGCCAAGCAUGUGUGUGCCCUGGCAGAGCUCUUCUCAGGAUCCUCACCAAGCUCAGUGACACGACUCAAUAUCAGCUCCAACUUCAUUCAGCCUGCUGAGCUGCUGGAGUUUGCUAAGCGACUGGAGACACAUCGCCCCCCACACCAGCUGACGCUCGACCUCAGGAAGAACCCCGGGGAUCGAGACCCUGACACGUGGAACGCUGCACUGAAGAGGCUUCGUCCCUUCAGUGUUCUGCUGGUUGAAGGCUGGAAAUCCACUGACACAAUGGUGGAGCACAUUAGCAACAUGUGAACAGAGCUAGGGAAGAAUCCCAGCAUCCAAAGCUGGCUGUAAAAAGUUAGUACUUGAAAGUUUGGAACUUUUUAAAAAACAUUUUAUCUCAGAAGAGUGACUGUGAUCAGUUUUAGUACAGUUACAGAUUCCAAUGAGAGGUUUUCAUUGUUUAGGAAAAACCUCAAAACACAAAAAACCAUGCCUGCAGCAUGUGUCACUUUUUUUCUGUACGGGUGGCAAUCUGUCAGUUUACACAACACUGCUGGGAAUAAGGAUGGGCAGCAGACACAUGGUUUUAAAAGUUCAAAGGACAUGAGAAUGUGGAUAGCUCUGCUUUGUAACGUUUUAGUAGUGACCUAUUCUGUGUGUGCAGGUUCACAGGAAAAUAAAAAUAAAAGCACAUCCAAUGUUAGUAUGACAUUUGAAUAAUUUAUUAAACCAACAUUUGUUACACUUCCAGAGUCUUCUCUCAGACAGAGUGUGAGUGACAGUGGACAAGAUAGAACUGAAAAACCUGGAGGACUGACGUCGAGGUGCAGAACAGUUUCACAGCAGCUGUCUUGCACCUUCUCUUGUCACUUUCUUACAUUAGACGAACAGCAUCGACAACGACUACCAAUUCAUCAUUAGUAGGAACCAAGUAGAAAAAACAAUCAGAAAAAAAUGGAUUAGAAAGAGCUUAAUAUUUUUCUUAGUGGAUUUUUUAAAGCUAAAUACUGAAGCACUUCUUCACUGUAAAUUCAGUUUGUUUUCCUUGUAUAUUGUCAUGUUUUAGUAAAUUCAAGUUGAAGAGAGUGAAGACCCUAUGUCUGCAUGCUAAUUGGUUGAUUUGCUGGGUCUAUCUACAACCAUCUCUUACAUAAAACAAAAACACUCACAAACACACCACAUACACGCUCAUACACACUGCUGCAACAUUUCAGCCCGACCACGGCUGAGGCUUCUCAUUUACUAAGUGGUUUUACACAAAACAAAAAAGAUCAAAAACAUUUGGCUGUAUUCAUACCUCAUAAAGAAGUCACUUUUCAUUGAGUAAGAGGUUCAGAUUCCUUUCUUGUAGGAGUGAUUUGUAACUGAAAUUUAUCUCCCUUUUUUUUUUUUUUUUUUUUCUCUGAGACAGCAGUCACAACAGAUGAUAAACCUUCAUGUCAAAAACCCAUUCACUGAUUCAGUCAUAAUAUGAAAGCAGUUUGAGAUUCCAACCUCUGACAUGAUGUAAUCUUUUCCAUCUCUGUCGGUGGGAAGCAAAUUGGACCCUGGUUACUUACAAGUGUAGCUCACAUAUUAUCUCUUGUCAGUUUAUAAGCUAGUCAGCUGUUCAUUGCAGGCUUGCUAGGGUGUUUUUUUUUUUUGUAAAGUUAGGAAAAUGAUCAAACCUGGAACCCCCAUAAUGAGGAGAGACAUUGCAACAAACAUGCAGUGUCUGACAGCUAAAACAUUGUGUAGGCUUCCAUGUCUAAAUAGUUUACAUGUGUGAAAUAAGGUCCAACUGGCAAAGUGGAGCUUUGGAGCUGUUGGAAGUCAUGAUGUAUACUUUAAACAGGUCUAAGCUAGUUCCUGCUUUGUUCCAAGGUAGGCUAGAUGCUUGCCUGUGGAUGAGAAGGAAUCAGUAUUUGUUUGAUCAGUAAGCAGUCUGUGAAACUCUCCACAAGUGAGGACAGCUGAGUGUGACAAUGUCUCAAACCGACCACCUGACAAUGACUGAUAAAGUAGGUUUAGAUGGAAUUCUUAAUCAGGGUAAUUAAUAGGGUUCAGAUAGUUCUUUGAGCUGGCUCAUUUCAAACCUACAGGAGACAACAGAUGUGAGUACAACCCGGUGCAAUAUCAGCUGUCAAAAGAUUUCAAACUGCAUCACUCUCUCCAGCAUUUUUUGUUUUAUUUCUCUUUUUAUUUUUAUUUUCAUUCUUAUUACUUGCUCUAGAUUUGUAUAUAUAUUUCUCCCUAUUUCUUCAUUAUGUCAUUGUUGCACUGACUGCUCUAUGUGCCUUUUUAAUUGCCCCCUGGGUACAAAUAAAGAUUUCAGAGUCUGA